AUGGUGAGCGAGAGUCAUCACGAGGCGCUGGCCGCCCCGCCAGUCACUACCGUUGCAACAGUUCUCCCACAUAACGCCACAGAGCCGGCCGGUCCCGGGGAAGGAAAGGAAGAUGCCUUUUCUAAGCUGAAGGAGAAGUUUAUGAAUGAGCUGCAUAAAAUUCCACUGCCACCAUGGGCCUUAAUCGCCAUAGCCAUAGUUGCUGUCCUUUUAGUCCUGACCUGCUGCUUUUGUAUCUGUAAGAAAUGUUUGUUCAAAAAGAAAAACAAGAAGAAGGGAAAAGAGAAGGGAGGGAAGAAUGCCAUUAACAUGAAAGAUGUGAAAGACUUAGGGAAGACCAUGAAAGAUCAGGCUCUAAAGGACGAUGAUGCUGAAACAGGAUUGACUGAUGGGGAAGAAAAAGAAGAACCCAAAGAAGAGGAGAAAUUGGGGAAACUUCAAUAUUCACUGGAUUAUGAUUUCCAGAAUAACCAGCUGCUGGUAGGGAUUAUCCAGGCUGCUGAGCUGCCCGCCUUAGACAUGGGGGGCACAUCGGAUCCCUAUGUGAAAGUGUUUCUGCUACCUGAUAAAAAGAAGAAAUUUGAGACAAAAGUCCACCGAAAGACCCUUAAUCCUGUCUUCAAUGAGCAAUUUACUUUCAAGGUGCCCUACUCAGAAUUGGGUGGCAAGACCCUGGUGAUGGCCGUGUAUGAUUUUGAUCGUUUCUCCAAGCAUGACAUCAUUGGGGAAUUUAAAGUCCCCAUGAACACAGUGGAUUUCGGUCAUGUAACUGAGGAGUGGCGUGAUCUGCAAAGUGCUGAGAAGGAAGAGCAAGAGAAAUUGGGUGAUAUUUGCUUCUCCCUUCGCUACGUACCAACUGCCGGCAAGCUGACUGUUGUCAUUCUGGAGGCAAAGAACCUGAAGAAGAUGGACGUGGGUGGCUUAUCUGAUCCUUAUGUGAAGAUCCAUCUGAUGCAGAAUGGCAAGAGGCUGAAGAAGAAAAAGACAACAAUUAAAAAGAACACACUUAACCCCUACUAUAAUGAGUCCUUCAGCUUUGAAGUACCCUUUGAGCAAAUCCAGAAAGUGCAAGUGGUGGUAACUGUUUUGGACUAUGACAAGAUUGGCAAGAACGAUGCCAUCGGCAAGGUCUUUGUGGGCUACAACAGCACUGGGGCGGAGCUGCGACACUGGUCAGACAUGCUGGCCAACCCCAGGCGACCCAUCGCCCAGUGGCACACCCUCCAGGUAGAGGAGGAAGUUGAUGCUAUGCUGGCAGUCAAGAAGUAGAGGAAAGAAGCCUUUCUGCGUUUGCCCACAUAGUGCUCUUUAGCCAGAAUCUGUAAAUACCUCAGUAAUAUGGGUCCUUUCAUCUAUCCAGCCAUGCAUUCCUAACACAAUUCAGUGGUACUCCAAAUCCUGUUUUAAUUUGCACAGAUUUAAACGUAGAGAGCCCCUAAGUCCUCCAUCAUGCCACUGCCCUCCAAAUCUACUCUUCUUUUAAGCAAUAUGAUGUGUAGAUAGAGCAUGACUGCAAUUAUUUAUUGUAUCACACUGUUGUAUAUACCAGUAUGCUAAAGAUUUAUUUCUAGUUUGUGUAUUUGUAUGUCGUAAGCGUUUCCUAAUCUGUGUAUAUCUAGAUGUUUUUAAUAAGAUGUUCUAUUUUAAAUCAUGUAAAUUGACUGAGAUAGAGGAGAGCUGAUAAUAUAUUAUACGGUAAAUAGAGUAUUAUCUGCAUUCCAGCAAAAAUACCAACUCGUAAGGCACUAG